AGUACGCCCCUGGUGAAUUUUGAAGUUUGGCUGAUUUUUUUAUUUUAUUCCACGUAUUUAGUUUUUCUCCAAAAAGAAAUGGUUUACGUGAAAAAUUGGGAUGAUUUUGAGAUUGCGGCGGAAAAUAUGUACAUGAGGAAUCCCUUGAAGAGUCGAUUCUCCAUGAAGUACAUCCACCACAAAGGGCAGCUCCUGCUAAAACUCACCGACAACACCAAAUGUGUUCAGUACAAGACGGAAGUAAUGCCGGAUUUGAGGAAAAUUGAAAAAUUCACAGGAAACAUAAUGGGACACAUGGCAUCGAAUGAAUGAGGAAUGAAGCUCUCUUCUGAACGUUUUUCAUGCUUAUUCCUCUUAUUUUUCUUUAUUUUGCAUUCUGCUAACCGUGAUUUAUGUUUUAUAAGGAAAUAAAGUAAAAGUUAAUUCUAAAAA